CUUCCCCCUCUCUUUCUUAUAUUUGCCAGCCACUAUGUGCGACCCGGCCAAUACUGGGGCGGACUGGCGUUGUUCAAGCUCAACGACUAACUCAUUCCAAGAGAUGCCUGAAUGGGAUCAAUAUGCGCAACGUAUUUAUCAGCUGGGAAUCAACCACGGCCUAUGCGACAGCAACCAAGGCGCGGCAUACCCUCAACCGAUAAUAAAUCCUGCCCACAGAUACGGUCCCGUACCCUGCGACGCGGGACCUAAGGAGCUAGGCAACCUACCAAAUUCUGCUAUGCCACAACAUUACCAAUAUCUCCAGGCUACCCAGGCCACCCAAGCUCCCCAGACUGCCCAAGUUCCUCUAGUUCCGCUAGCUACCCAAGCUACCCAAGCUGCCCAAUCUGCCCAAGUUCCUCGAGUUCUGCAAGCUACCCAUAUUCUCCAAGCUACUCAAGCUGCACAAGCCACCCAUAUUACAUCGCAGCCGUUUUUGGGCCACGCGCAGGCGAACAUGCCAAUAAACAGGGCGAUGCAACCCAGUUUAUAUCCUCAACCCAUGAUGCAACCGACUCCCAUCAGUGCUGCUAAACGGGGACAUGUACACUCCUUGGUGACUAUGGACAAUCAUGAAUGGAACACCUACGGUAAUUAUUUCUCAAACGCGCAACCGCAGUUGACUGCCCAAUCCUCCGACCUUCAAUGUAGCGGAGGCUAUCCGGUCCACCAACCAGUCACUAAUAAUAUGCACUACGGAUCCGGUGUUCCGAAGUUGGAGGGACGCUCUGCGGCAACUUACGGUGGCCGGAUAAUGGACGAACCCACUCCAGUAAAACUGCUCGUGAAACCCGUAACGACUAGAGUUGAACCCGCUGGUGCCAUUGCCUCAUUGAAACGAGCUGCAGUAUCCCGGCCGAAUGCGCCUAGGCAUAGGCCGGCACCUAACCUGACGAAAUUAACCAACGAGCAUAGGGUCAGAAAACGCAGAAUAAGGAACGACUCUCCCUUGAACCGUUGCAAACCAGAUAUGCGCUUCCCCGGUGCAGAUGUGUUAACACCAGAAAAUGAAUGUGCUGUUAGCGAUGGCUCACCGCAGGUUGAAACUGAUAGUCGCAAUUCCUCCCUUGCCAAUUCUCCCUGCGACGGUUCUUUUAGCAGUGUUGCACUUCCGACCCAUUGGUAUUUACUGCGCCCAUGCCACACUACUGCUACAGCCCGCAAAGAGAUACCUGCUACACGGCACGAAAACCCUCCCAAACCACCACCUGUUCCGCGAGAUAGAGAUGAGCUUCUAGAAGCGAUGAUGAUGAACAGGAGGGGGAGGAGGAGGCACAGCUCAAAGGCCGAGUACUCCAAUCGCCCACCUCCCCGAACCCUUACCUCUAAAACCAACCCUAUACUACCAUUUCGGCUAUAUCAACGUGUGAUUAUCCGUGGCAUGGAGGAGAUCAAAAAGCGGGAUUUUCAUGCUGGGAAAUGUAUUCUGUUCUCUCACAUCCAGAUGGAAGCGCCCCAGGCCGCAGUAACCCUUGAAGAGCAGAUGGAUUGGAAGGAAAUUAUGCGCCUGUUGAAGGAAUAUCACAAGGAGACAAUGGGUGGUUUCAAAAUUGAAGUUACUACUCUAAUCUUAUUGAUCUAUCUGCUCAAUCCUCAAAUACAUCAAUCAGCUGAAUACCUGAGAUCCUGCGGCUUUGAUACGACUGGCAGAUUUCCUCAGACGCUGAGACUGAAAAGACGACUGGAGGGUUAA